AUGGAACUGACAGCGAAAGAACGAUUCGACCUCAUUCGCGAAAAUCUCGCGGAGGUUUUGAACCCCGAGAUCAUUGAGGGCAUCCUCGCGGAGGGCCGCAACCCCCGUAUCUACUGGGGAACGGCCACUACCGGAAGGCCUCACGUCGGAUACUUCCUCGCUGCUUUGAAGAUCGCUCAAUUGCUCCGUGCCCAAUGCGAUGUCAUCGUCCUGCUUGCCGAUAUCCAUGGCUUCCUCGAUAACCUGAAGGCACCGCUUGAGCUUGUCGAGAACCGUGCUCAGUACUACGAAAAGAUCAUCACGGCGAUUCUCCAGUCUGUCGGCGUCCCCACUGACAAGUUGACAUUUGUUCUUGGUAGCUCCUACCAGAAGAGCCCCGAAUACGUUAUGGACGUGUACCGCCUUUCAAGCUUGAUUUCCGAGUCCGAUGCUAAGAAAGCUGGCGCGGAGGUCGUCAAACAGACUGACAAUGCUCCUCUGAGUGGUCUUCUGUACCCGGUGCUCCAGGUGCUAGACGAGGAGCAUCUGAAGGUUGAUUGCCAGUUCGGAGGUAUGGACCAGAGGAAACUCUUUGUUGCUGCCACAGAAUGGCUACCUAAGCUCGGUUACCGAAAGCGCGCGCAUCUUAUCAACCCUAUGAUCAGCGGAUUGAAGGGUGCUAAGAUGAGUUCUAGUAUUGAAGAUAGCAAGAUUGAUCUUCUAGACUCCGCUGAUAGCAUCUCGAAGAAGAUUCGCAAAGCGGAAGCAGCCCCUCGGGUCGCUGAAGACAACGGAGUUAUCGCACUUGUGGAAUACGUUCUCCUGCCUGCCGCCGAACUGAAGGGCAAGAAGGAGUUCAUUGUCGAGCGAAGAGAGCAGGAGCCAUUAAUCUACACUGAUAUCAAGCAACUCACAGCGGACUACACCAAUGAUAUCUUAACGCCACAACUCCUCAAGCCUGCUGUGGCAGCGGGUCUGAUCAGCCUUAUGGCACCUAUACAGGCGGCCUACGAAGCCUCCGCGGAAUGGCAGGAGAUUACUUUGAAGGCCUACCCGCCCCCGGUUGUGCAAAAGAAAGUAAAGAAGGUCAAGGACAAGGGCACUCGCUUCCCAGGUGCCCCAGCCCAAGACCAGCCUAAGGCCUCUGAAGAAUAG